GUAAAAACCCCACGGUCAAACAAUUUCACGAAACCAAAAAAUGGCAACCAGAAAUAAUUCAACUCUCCUAGAGCUAGCAAAGUCGAUCCAAGAGCUCACAUCCCAGCUCGUAGACGAACUCUCAACAAGCGGAUCCCCCGAGCCGACCUUUGACGUUAACUCUACGCCUAUCCCGGAGACCGCUCCCUUCAAGGCCCUGCAAUACGCAUUGAAUGACUCAGCGCAAGAUCUCUUGCGCCUAGUCAAUGGCCCAAAAGCCGAAGCUCGAACCCAGAUAUGCAAUCUGUAUGAUCUAGCAGCGUGGCAAGUAGCGUGCGAAUUCAACUUCUUUGACGCUGUUCCUGAAGAAGGAACAGCAAGCGUUGAAGAGAUUAGCAAGAAGGUCGGUGUGGAUGAGGAUCGAUUGGGACGGUUUCUGAGGAUUUUGGCAACGGAGAGGGUGUUUGAGGAGGUGGAUCCCAAUGUAUUCAGGCAUACGGCGAAGAGUGUGCUGCACCGACGCGAUCGUAAUAUUCGGGAUGCUGUACAUUAUCAGCUUGAUGAGUUCUUCAAGGCUACGUCCGAAACGGCGUCAAGCAUCAAAGAGACACCGCAAACCACCAAUCGCUCCGUCAACCCGUUUGUCUCGCGCCAUGGAAUGGAGCUCUUCCAGUUCUAUCAGAACGACCGUGCACGUGCCGAUCGCUUUGCGAGUGCCAUGGCAGGCAUUGGCAAAAUGGAGAGACAGUUCGAGGAUUUGAGGGAUUGUUAUGCAUGGGGAGACGUUUCGGGGAAGGUAGUGGAUGUUGGGGGUGGAAAUGGACAUAUGAGUGUUGCACUUGCACGGACCUUCCCAACCCUCCAUAUCACGGUCCAGGACUCCCUCUCCAUGCUCUCGCAGGCAAUGAGGCAGAACCUUUCAGAUCUAGCAGGCCGCGUGACUUUCCUCGAGCAUGACUUCUUCGACGUGCAGCCCAUAACUGACGCAAAAGCUUAUCUACUGCGGUACAUCACGCACAAUUGGAGCGAUCAAGAUUGCAUUCGCAUCUUCCGCGCCAUGGUCCCCGCGCUAGAGAAAGCCGCACCGGGAACCCCUUUCUUGAUCAACGAUAUCGUGCUCCCCGAAGCAGGUGGUGAGUUAUCUAAAUAUCAAGAGCGACGCAUGCGCCAGAUCGAUAUCAUGAUGAUGGUCGUUUUGGGUGGGAAGCAGCGCUCGGGAAAGGACUUUGAGAGGUUGUUGAAGGAGGCGGAUGAGAGAUUCCAUAUCAAGAAGAUCCACAGCGCGGGUGAUAUGGGGCUUGUGGAGGCGGUUUUGGACAUGGAGCGUGCUAAUUAGACUUGCAACUAUAGAAUAUAACUAGGUAGCC